UAACACAGCCGCUACAGUUUGAACUGAAACGUCACGAAAGCAAGAUAUCAAUUUGUUUAUUUUAUUUGAUGUGCUAGAAUUCCAACAAAUUUGAACCAAAUCGAAAUUGUUUGUUGAAAAACUUAUUUUACGAUCGAUUUAAAGCAUUUGAGAAGAAAAUUGCUGUUGAAAAGUUCUUAUUUCGAUUUAAUUUGAAUCUAAUAGAUUGUUGGACCAAUCUUUACCGAAUAAACGAAGCGAAAGAUGCUCUCCCGAUUGGCGUGUAGUGGUCGAACACUAGUUUCGUCUCCACUUUUGCAAUCUGCUUUACAGCAGGUUCCAAGACGACAGCCGGUUAUACGGCAAUAUGCUCGCGAUGUCAAAGGAGGAGGAGGAGGAUCGAGUUGGACGACUCGAGCGGAAAGACAAACUCUUGGCGAACGAGCAAUGGCUCCACCAGGCCCGAAUGCUUAUUCCUUGGGUAAGGGAGCUCUAGCGGGUGGAGCUGCGCUAGGUAUUGGAGCCUUAUGCUUCUACGGACUGGGGCUAGGCAGUGGGACCAGCACGUUGGAUAAUUCUCAUGCAUGGCCGGAGUUCGUGAAGGAACGUAUCAGAGACACUUAUUUAUAUUUUGGAGGAUCGUUGGCAAUAUCGGCUGCCAGUGCGAUGGCCGUGUUUCGUAAUCCAACAUUGUUGAAUCUGGUUUCGAGAAAUGGUUGGAUGUCAAUCCUCGGAACAUUUGCGUUGAUGAUCGGUUCUGGUAUGUUGGCUCAGUCAAUCCCAUACAGUCCUGGAUUCGGCACCAAACAAGUUGCGUGGAUGACACACUCAGCUAUACUGGGAGCAGUAAUCGCCCCGAUUUGUUUCAUCGGUGGACCGCUCAUUACUAGGGCUGUCUGGUAUACAGCUGGCGUUGUUGGUGGACUGACCACUGUUGCCGUCUGUGCUCCAAGUGACAAGUUUCUCUACAUGGGAGGCCCUCUCGCGAUUGGUCUAGGGGUGGUCUUUGCCUCCUCGAUGGCUUCAAUGUUUUUACCUCCAACGACGGCUCUCGGGGCAGGAAUAGCAUCUCUAUCGCUUUAUGGAGGACUUUUGCUUUUUAGUGGAUUUUUGCUGUACGACACGCAGAAAAUUGUGAAGCGUGCCGAGCUGUAUCCAUUGUACGCGGCGCGACCGUUCGAUCCAGUCAAUUCGGCAAUGUCUAUCUACAUGGAUACAAUGAAUAUCUUCAUCAGGAUUGCUACUAUACUGGCAGGUGGAGGUGGAAACAGGCGGAAGUAAAAUGUCCAUUACCGCACAAAAUUAUUCAAAUGUAUAAACAUGAAAAAUAUAGAAGCUUUAACUUAUAGUAGCUGGUAUUGGCGUUAUACCGCUUGAAAAAAUGCUGUGAAAACAUUGGCGCAUGCCAUGAGUUACACUAUAAGAAAAAUAAAUUUGAAAAAAAAUGAUUUCACGUUCACUCAA